CUCAAUCGUCACUGUGCGAUAGAUAAAGUGCCAGAAUGAAAAAAGUCGUUCAUUGUCAAGGUGAGAGGGAAUUUCGUAGGGAUAAUUGGUGAAGUGAGUAGGGGGAAAAAAACGUCUUGAGAUCAACCUCUUUUAACUCUCUCAUUAGAGAGAGGAGAAUUGCGCAGCGUGAGUUAUUUUUGAAAAAUGUGUUUUGGAUAAGAGUUUUCACUCCGAGAGAAAUGAUGGCAAAUGACAAAAUGCCCCGAUAUAAAAGAACUGAAUUUGACGAAGAAGAAACAAGCAGCAUGGCUAGUAUGGCAGUGGACGCCCCCAUGGUCAUCAACUCUAAUCCGGUCGGCAGCAGUGUCCAGGUUCGGUACUCCCCAGGCAGGAAGCGCAAUUUGUGGGAGAGAGCCUCCCCUCUCGAGAAAGUCCUCAUGAUCAGCGUCCUCGUUCUGGUCCUCCUAGUCAUCAUCCUCUCAUGCAUUCUCGAUUCUUAUUCGGGACUUCCCACCGUCAAAGUGGUUCACAUCUCUGCCGUCAAUGGAUCAACGGCAAUCGUCAAAUCAAACGUCACUGGUUAUUGCGUGACACCGGCUUGCGUGACUGUUGCUGCAGCCAUCCUGAAUGCCAUGGACCAAUCAGUGGAUCCCUGCACUGACUUCUAUCAGUACUCAUGCGGGGGAUGGAUGAAAUCGAAUCCUCUGCCAGAUGGAAAAUCCAUUUGGGGUACAUUCGGAAAACUAUGGCAGGAAAAUCAGAUCGUCAUGAAAAACAUUCUAGAAGAUGAUAGUUUCAAUUUGAAGAGCGAUGCUGAGAAGAAAGCUAGAAUUUAUUAUACUUCAUGCCUCGAUAAGAAUGAAACAGUUGACAAAUUGGGGGCUCAACCCAUGCUCGAUCUCUUGAAAGAAGUGGGUGGUUGGAACAUAAGCGGUGAUUUCGAUGUGAGUGAGUGGAAUUUCCAGAGAACCCUGGAAAUACUGCAUAACCAGUACAGCAGGGGUGGACUCUUCUCCUGGGGAGUGGGGGAGGAUGAGAGGAAUUCUUCCAGGAACAUUCUUCAGCUUGAUCAGGGUGGACUGGGACUGCCAACCAGAGACUAUUAUCUCAACAAGAGCAUGGAUGACGAGGUGCUGAUGGCAUAUUUAUCCUAUAUGACGAAAGUAGGGGUGCUGCUUGGAGGAGAGGAAAAUUCUACUCGAGAACAGAUGGAAGACGUCAUAGAAUUUGAGACCAAAUUAGCUAACAUAACCAUACCGAGCGAUGAGAGGAGAGACGACGAGGAGCUCUACCACAAGAAGACGGUGAGUGAACUGGGAGAGUUAGCACCGGUCAUCGACUGGACGCAGUAUUUCAAUUCGGCCUUCAGACAGGUGGACAGGGAGAUAAAGCCUACGCAGGAACUUGUUCUUUACGCUCCGGAGUUCAUCCGAAAGAUGUCUGACCUGGUCACGCAAUAUCUCUCAACUACAGAUGGAAAGAUAGUGAUCGCCAACUACCUGUCCUGGUCUCUAGUGCAGAGCCUCACAUCCAGGUUAUCAAAGCCAUUCCGCGAAGCUUCCAAGAUCCUGAGGAAAGCCCUGGUGGGAUCGGAGGGCGGUGAGAGCCCCUGGAGGUACUGUGUUUCCGAUACCAAUGACGUCAUUGGAUUCGCCCUGGGAGCCAUGUUCGUCAGGGAGGUCUUUCACGGAGAGAGUAAAAAUAAGGCAGAGAUCAUGAUAAACGAAAUAAGAGAUGCAUUCAAAGAAAAUCUUCCUCUCAUAAAAUGGAUGGAUCCUGACACUAGGAGGCUAGCCAAAGAAAAAGCAGAUGCUAUAACGGAUAUGAUUGGCUUUCCAGAAUUCAUUUUAAACUCAAAGAAACUGGACAAAAAGUAUGAAGGGCUAGAAUUCAGUUCAGAUGAAUAUUUUCAAAAUAACAUUGUGGUGGAGCAGUUCUCCCUGAAAGUGAACAUGAAGAAGUUGGACAAGCCCACCAACAGAAGCGAAUGGAAGAUGACACCACCCACUGUCAACGCAUACUACACACCCACCAAGAAUCAGAUAGUGUUUCCUGCCGGAAUACUUCAGGCUCCGUUCUAUGAUCCUCAUUAUCCUAAAUCUCUGAACUUUGGUGCCAUGGGCGUAGUCAUGGGCCAUGAACUAACUCAUGCUUUUGAUGACCAAGGUAGAGAGUAUGAUAAGUAUGGAAACUUGCACCAAUGGUGGAAGAACACAACGAUUGAGAGUUUCAGGGAGAGAGCUCAAUGCUUCAUUGAUCAGUAUUCAUCUUUCGAAGCAAAUGGAGAAAAUUUGAAUGGUAAGCAGACACUUGGAGAAAAUAUUGCUGACAAUGGCGGCCUCAAAGCAGCAUUCCACGCUUAUCAAGAGUGGAUUGGUGACAAUGUUCCCGAAUUACCCUUACCUGCAGUACCUCUAACCAAUAAUCAAUUGUUCUUUAUUGGAUUCGCCCAAGUCUGGUGCUCUACGAGUACUCCUGAAGCCAUGCACCUACAAGUCAUAAACGAUCCACACAGUCCAGCCAAAUUCAGGGUGAUCGGCACAUUGUCCAAUUCUGUGGACUUUGCCAAAGAGUUCAAGUGUUCCUCCAAGAGUAGUAUGAAUCCCAAGAACAAGUGUGAAGUCUGGUGAUCUCUCUCUCAUUCCAGGAACCAAAAGAAAGGUUAUUGGAUCGUUUUACUUCCAGUGGUUCACUCUCGACAUUUUCUACAAAAGAGCAUCGCACAGAGCAUCAUUUCAAAAUGCCAAAAAUGAAAGAACAAAUUUCUUAACAUUUAUGCAGGAACUUGUGAUUAUUCCAUUCUAUUUUGUUUUUUAAUGUCAUCUUCUUUAUUCAAGUGGAUUAUUCGAUUCGUUCAUUGCAUAUAACGCCUGCUGCUAAGAAUCAACUCUUGCUAUCAUUUACAACUUACAAUGGGUCUCAUUUAUUCUGAUCUCAGGGUUGUCACUCAAAUCUGAAGAAGCUGUGUUUCCCCUGUACAAAAUAUUCAGUGAAAACACACAAUCACUGUGUGCUCUUGUAUUGGGCUAAUUAUACUAGUUAGAAUGGAAGAUGGGACAUACUUAAAUAAUGUUAUUUUAAAUGAAAUAGUUUAGUAUAGCAUCCUUCAAUAUCCUGCAGGUGAGUGGUCACCAUUUCUUAAAAGAAGAAACCCUGUAUUUUCCCAGUUUGUGAAGAAAAGGACUCCCCGUUAUUUAUCUCUGUGGAGUGGCAACCCUGAUACAUGUUUUGUUCCUAAUUUAUUACUUAAAAGUAGAAGAUAAAUGUGAUACUGUUUCUUGUUCAGGAAGCUUUUUUAUUUCUGUUUUGUGUUCUGCCAUUUGUUUUGUUUUUAAGUAUAGUAUUGUAAUUAUAUAUGUUGUGUUUGUACUUCACUAGGCUGUGAAAAAAUAAUCAUCAGCUACUACAGUCGAGCUCAUUUAUUGCUAAAUCUAAUUGAAGUGUGUGUAUAAUAAAGAUAUUUAUGGAUACCGUACAAUUACAAAAUGUAUCUGAAUCUUCAUUGAUUGAUGAAGUGGAGUUAUCCGAGUUAAUGUGAACUCUCACUCGGUGAAAGCAGAGAGUAUAAAAAAGGAAGAUCUUUCUUUGCGAGAUGGUUUUAUUUCGGUUCGUUCAUUUAAUCAGUCUUAAUGAUGACAAAAGACUUUUCAUAAUACGUAUAUAUAUCAGUUUUAAUAUUCUUGAUCUUCCUAUGGACUGUUUGAACCGUCUUACUCCCACUGAGAUCCACUCCCUGGGAAAACAUAGUUUGCUUCCAGUGUGGUGCCGCACUCCAUCCCAUCAGUGGUAUGCUGCCAACAGCCCUGGCCUAUCAUUAACAUGCAGAGGCCCUCGGCCUUUCCUAUCUGCCAUGGCCAGAUUUCGUAGUGGCCAUCUUAAGUGUUUAAGGUUUCAAAAUGGGGAAAAGACUUUCCAACCUUGCUCCUGCUCACAACCUGCUAGUCCUGAUCACCUUCUUUUUUGCCUUGGCGCUUCUUAUAAGCAGCUGCUGGUUGAUCGGGACUUUCUGCAGAUAUAUGGGGAACUGACGCGACGGGGCAUUCUGGACCUGGUCUAGGCUUUCCUUUUCCAGGGGGAUGUGUAACAACAACAACAAUAUUCUUGAUUAUAUAUAUUUAAAAAUAAAUAUGAAAAUAUACUUAAGCUACAUAACAUACAACUUCCAGAGCUCCCUUCCUGUCUAUACUCUUUCAGCAUUCAAUCUAUCUUAGAAAUCCUUUUUCUCACCAAAAGAAAGUCCUUCGCUGCACCCCCACUCUCGGGGGAUGACACUUCAGGUGAGGGGCCAAUCAAAUGCGUGGGAGAGGAAUCCUGACAGUAUAAAUGUAAUAUGAAUAGGUAUAAAUGUUGGAAUGACAUACAUUUGCAGGCUUGUGUGUUCAAUUUAGGCUUAUAAACCUUUUUCAAUAGAGGGGCAGAUAGCGCAUUACAGAAGAUACAUUGAGGGUAACAGCGUUUGGCGGAUGAUACCGCUCGGGCAUGGUGUCCUCUAAAUAUAAUAGGGUGGCUGUCUUAACACAGGUUCGAUACUCAUCAUUUCAGUGGGUGGAUAAAAUGAAUGCUAAACACCCAACAGGAACAUCUGCGCCCCCCAGAGCCUCAAGAAUAGUAGGCCCUCUAUGAGGCUGUCGUGCCACUGAGUUUAGUUUAUAAAUGUAAUAUAUUUAACAAAUGCAAAAUUUAUACCACAUACAAUUCAUAUUAUAAAUGAAAAUUAAAAAGAACAUACUUUUCGAGAAUUAAAGAGUUUUUACUUUAGAGUUUAAAAGACCUUAAUCGUUUUACAUGAUACUUUUCUGCUGUAAUGCUUUCAUUGAAAACAGGAUGGCCUCUUGUUCUAUAAUAAAUUCAAUAGCACUUUCGUUAGUCCAUCCGUAUGGUUACACAUAUGUUGAUUUUCAUCAUUUUCGUUAGUAACGAUCAUUUCACGAGGUUGCACAAAAUUGUGCCAUUAUGUACAUCAUUAUCAAAUGACAGCAGUCAAAUUGACUAUCAGCAGUCAAAAUGACUUCCUUGGGCAAUCUAGUGUUAAAGCAGAAAUUCGGAUAAUUCUACUGUCAUUAAAAAUGAAGAUUCGAAUACAUCUUGUGAAUAGAUUUGUUUCUGAAAAUUCAGACUUUUUCAGUCCUUGCAAUAAAUGAAUUCGACUGUAUUGUAAUAAAUUAGUUACUUUAAAUGCUGCAGCGAA